AUGGAACCCAAGGUACAACUUUACAAAGACAUGGAAGGAGCACCAAUUGAUGCUACAGAGUACAGAAGCAUCGUUGGUUGUCUUAGAUACUUGAUGAACACAAGACCGGAUCUCUCAUAUGUUGUUGGGAUGGCGAGCAGGUAUAUGGAAAGGCCUACGGCCAUGCAUCACAAGGUGGUCAAGCAAAUACUUAGGUAUUUGAGAGGGACAAUUCACUUUGGGCUCGCUUAUGUGAAAGGUCCCCGAGAAGUCGAUAUAUUUGGCUACUCUGACAGUGAUUUAGCCGGUGAUCUCGACGGGAGGAAAAGCACAAGUGGAAUGGCAUUCUACUUAAAUGAAAGCUUAGUUUCACGGAAUUCGCAAAAGCAAAAGAUGGUGGCACUCUCAUCUUGUGAAGCCGAGUUCAUGGCAGCCACUACCGCAGCUUGCCAAGUGUUGUGGUUAAGAAGCCUUGUUAGCGAGUUAACCAAAAUGGAGCCAAGACCGGUAACAUUGUUCGUGGACAAAAAAAUCCGUGAUAGCUCUCAUGAUAAAUCCCGUAUUCCAUGGCCGCAGUAA